GCAGAAAACCAGGAAGUCCCUCCUCCUCAGUUCAGAGAAAACGAAACUGAUCUCAGAGAGCUGCUCCCUCUCCGUCUAGACGUGCAGGACAAUGGCCAGUAUUUCAGUAGAUCACGACGAGUUCAGCUGUCCAGUCUGUCUGGAUCUGCUGAAGGAUCCAGUGUCUCUUCCUUGUGGACACAGUUUCUGUAAGGUGUGUAUUAAUGGCUACUGGGAUCAGGAUGAUCAGAGGGGGGUCUACAGCUGCCCCCAGUGCAGAGAGACUUUCACUCCAAGGCCUGUUCUACGCAGAAACAACAUGCUGGCUGAAGUGGUGGAGAAACUGAAGAAGACAGAACUCCGAGCUGCUCCUCCUGCUCCCCGUGACACUGGACCUGGAGAUGUGGAGUGUGAUUUCUGCACUGGGAGAAAACUCAAAGCCAUCAAGUCCUGUCUGACGUGUCUGACCUCCUUUUGUGAAACUCAUCUUAAACCUCACAGUGAAGUUCCUGGAUUGAAAAAGCACAAGCUGGUCAAAGCCUCCUCACAGCUACAGGAGAAGAUCUGCUCUCAGCACGACAAACUGAUCGAGAUCUACUGUCGUACUGACCGAAGCUGCAUCUGCUAUUUAUGUACGAUGGAGGAACACAAAGGUCACGAUACAGUCUCAGCUGCAAUAGAGAGAACCGAGAAACAGAAUCAGCUGAAGGAGAUUCAGAGUAAAUUCCAGCAGAGAAUCCAGGAGAAACAGAAGGAGCAGCAGGAGCUGAAACAGGCUGUGAAGACUCUUAAGCGCUGUGCUCAGUCAGCAGUGGAGGACAGUGAGAGGAUCUUUACUGAACUGAUCCGCUCCAUUGAGAAAAAGCGCUCUGAGGUAACGGAGCUGAUCAGAGCUCAGGAGGAGGCUGAACUGAGUGGAGCUGAAGAACUCCUGGAGAAACUGGAGCAGGAGAUCGCUGAUCUACAUAGGAGACGCACUGAGCUGGAGCAGCUUUCACACACAGAGGAUCACAUCCAUUUCCUCCAGAGUUUCCAGUCUCUCUGUGUCUCUUCUGGAUCUGAGGACUCACCCAGCAUCACUGUCCAUCAGCACCUCUCAUUUGAUGGAGUGAGGAGAUCUCUCUCUGAGCUGAAGGAGCGACUAGAGGAGCUCUGCAGAGAGGAGUUCAGUAAAAUCCCUCCUCAUGCUGCAGCAGUUCAGAUUUUUUCCUCAGAACCAAAAACCAGAGAAGAUUUUCUGCAGUAUUUCUGUCAGCUGACUCUGGAUCCCAACACAGCAAGUCCUUACCUUAUUCUGUCUGAGAACAACAGAGUGGUGACGUACAGUAAUAAAGUCCAGUUUUACUCUGACCAUCCAGAGAGAUUUACCAACUGGACUCAGGUGUUGUGUAAGGAGAGUGUGAGUGGACGCUGUUACUGGGAGGUUGAGUGGAACGAUGGAGGAGGGUUUGUGUACAUAUCAGUCUCAUAUAAAGGGAUCAGCAGGAAAGGUUUGGGUACUGAUUGUGGGUUUGGACACAACAGUCAGUCCUGGAAUUUGUGUUGUUCUUCCUCUCUCACUUUCCUGCACAACAACAUUCCAAUUCAGAUCUCAGGACCAUCAUCCUCCAGAAUAGGAGUGUAUGUGGAUCACAGUGCAGGAACUCUGUCCUUCUACAGUGUAUCUGACACAAUGACCCUCCUACACACAGUCCACACCACUUUCACUCAGCCGCUCUACGCUGGGUUUGAUGUUUAUGGUUUUGGAUCAUCUGUGAGAUUAUGUUAUAAAUAAUGGUUUAUCUGAAUUAUUGAUGCCUUAUAGAUUUAGAAUAUUUCUCACACUGUUUUAUUGACCAGGUCAAAGUGUGUUUGAGGGUCUGUGAUCUGUUCAUCUUUAAUUCUACAAACACUUCAAGAGUUUAAACUUCUGAUCAUUUACAGAGUUUAACACCAGAAUUAUUGAGUAGUGUUUGUAAUAUUUCUGUAAAUUAAAUGUUCAUUUACUGUGUUUCUGUCCACAAACAGACCUGAGAACAUUG